GGCUGUGGGAAGGUGGAGCAACAACAUGGCGGAACGUCAGGGUUUGGAAGAGACAAGCUCUAGGGAAGCUCGGAAGAUUGCCCAGAAAUGUCAGCUUCUCGUUAAGGCGGAGACUCGCGCACGGGUGAAAAAGAUCUCUGAGAUUUUGAAGAAACCAGAGGACACUAGAACCAAGGAAGAGGUGCAGAUUUUACAGCAGUCGCCAGACGUCGUUGCUGACAUGCAGAAGAGAGCUCGUCGGAGGGAUAAACUGAAAGAGCAACUGAAGGAGGUAGAAGACCCACCUGAAGUUCUGUGUAGGAAAGCAAGUGAGCUGGCCACAGCUGUACAACAGGCCAGGCACCUGGUGGUGUACACGGGAGCAGGCAUCAGUACGGCUGCCUCUAUCCCUGACUACAGAGGACCCAACGGUGUGUGGACACUGUUACAGCAGGGAAGACCUGUAGAAACCAGGAGUCUUACUGAUGCUCAGCCUACAGUAACUCACAUGGCGUUGGCCAGGCUACACCAGGAAGGUUAUGUGAAACAUGUGGUGUCUCAGAACUGUGACGGGUUGCACCUGCGGAGUGGGUUACCCAGGCAGGCUCUGUCUGAGGUCCACGGGAACAUGUACAUUGAGGUGUGUACAGAGUGUGAUCCAGAGUUGGAGUACAUCAGGUUGUUUGACGUGACGGAGCGGACGUCAUUACACCGACACAUGACAGACCGCAGCUGUCACGCCUGUGGGGAGCCACUCAGGGACAGUAUCGUGCACUUCGGCGAGCGCAGCUGUCUGGAACAGCCACACAACUGGGAGGACGCCAUGGACAACGCCAAGAAAGCAGACACUAUUUUGUGCCUUGGGUCCAGUUUGAAGGUGCUAAAGAGAUACAGCUGUCUAUGGGGUAAGACUAGGGUCUUACACAAGAGGCCCAAACUCUUCAUUGUCAACCUACAGUGGACACCUAAGGAUGACAAUGCCACACUGAAGAUUCAUGGGAAGUGUGAUGAACUGAUGGUUCUCCUGAUGAAGAAACUGAGACUGGACAUCCCUCUGUACAGAAGAGAGAACGAUCCCAUCUUCAAGUUGGUGACACCGCUGCUAUCUGAUGAACAUGAUAGCUUCAGUACACGUCAGCUGACCCUACCAACAGACACUACCUCACUCAGGACUCAACAGGAAUCUCUGUCACCCACGUGCAAUGGCAAUGAGAAAGACACAGACCAAAAAGAUCAUUCCUCCUACAAGCCAGGCUGGUUUGGCAAGGGUUGUGCCAAAAGGAGAAGCAGUACAGCAAAGAGGAGGAAAUCCAACACCACCACUUCUACCUCUGUCAAACUUUCUGAAUAGACCUCUGCCUUUUAGAUCUUGCAGAUAAAAUAUCUUGUAGUAAUUUUAUAAAAUUGCCACCAUACAUGGUUGUAGAAGAAAAUUUUGAAGUACUAUGAUGAAAUUUUAUCUGAGUUUUCCAACAACAGCAAUUCUUGGGGAUUUGGAAAACAGAUGCCUUUGACAGAAAACACUAAAUUUGCCGUUGUAUUCUAGUGGUAACCAUUUUGCUGUUUUUUUUUUUUUAGAAUGCAUUAGGCUGCUUUUACAUUGUGAUAGAGUUUACUGGGUAGAUUUCCAGGAUAACUGAUUGAUUUAGUUCUUUGUUUAACCUACUCAGAAACAACUGCAAACAUCAACAGACUUUAGCAAAUAUAAAGAAGGCAUCUCUGAACAGCAGUGCCAAAGUCAAAGAACAGGUUAAAACUACUGGGUCUUCUGUUCUUGGUUUUGGAACCAGAAUCUCUCACAACUUCCCUGUAGUUGUGCAUACCUGUGAGACAGAACACUACAAAACAACGUUUACCUAACAUCCACAAACAAAACAGCUCUGUACCAAAUGACUGAUCCUUUCAAUAUGCAAUAUUUAUUGGUGUUUGCAACAUAAAUUAUGCAAUGAUUCUUUAACAUGUCAUCUUCAGGGAACUUCUUAUCUCCAUUCAGGUUUUUUUUAUUCUAGUGGUGUCCUGGUUAACUCUAAUAGAGCCCCAAACUACUGACUUUUGUAUCUGUUACAUGUAUCUGUUGUGUGUUACACAAACAACAAUGGUUUUGUGAAAAAAAAUCAAAUCCAUACAAUUGCCUACAACAUAACAUCUCAGGUUUUACAGACUCCAAGUCUCUAAAUGUCAUUCAAGCUUUUAAGACACAAUGAGAACAAAUAUUAACAGAAAGUGGUUUUAAAGUCAUAACUCAAUAGAGAUCAUAACUCUAGUGAUGAUAAGUCUAUGAUGAACUUGUGUACUGAUUUUAAAAGAGCACAGGGCUUGAACAAGGGACUUUUACAGAACCUUUACAUGAAAUGUUUGUGGGAAUUUUCAAUUCUGUUACUCUUGAAGGCAGGCUGUCAUGUUUUCAAUAGAAAUUGAUCUAAGUGUUGUGAAAGUAUUACCAUCUUAAUACAGAAAAUGUGUGGAAUUAUGGAACAUGGUGCUAUUGUUACAGAGACUAAACCCUAACAUAGAUUUUUUUUUUUUUAAUUGUAGAGUUGAUUAGUAGUCUUAGAUUGAUUUUAAGGGGAAAAUAAGUAGAUUUUAAACUUUUGGAACUUUUUCAUUCUGGUGAUAUUUUGUUUGCUGUUUCAGGUUGGACCUGUUGUAAAGUUAUCAAGCUGUAACCACUGAUUUUGUGGUUACCAAUUGAAAGUUGUGUUGCAGCACAAGAGUAGCUGCUCUCUAGACUUUUCACCCCACUUAAUGUUUUAGAAUACAUGUACUAGUACCAGUACUGUUAGUUCAUUUACUUUUGAAGUGGUUUACAUGAUAUGGUUUACAUUAAAUUAGACUGUGGUGUGUUUCCUUGUGUUAAAUCAAAUCCUACUAACUUAUUCUAUGUUAUCCCUGUUGUUAGAAAUCUCAAUAAGGUUACCAAAGAACAGGGCAUGUCAGUGGCAUGUUUUCCCCACUUUGGAAAUGCCCUACUGGAAUAUAGUUACAUAUACAGUGUUUAUUGGUAGGUUCUUUCUUUUGGAUUGUUUAUGAAUAUACAGAGAUUGCUUGCACAAUGCAGUGCAUGUAAUGUUUCAUGUUUAAGAUUUUGUCUGAAAAGAUGCGAAACUCUGGGAUUAAAAUGGUUUUCUUUUUACUUGAA